GCUUAGUAGGCCAAUAGAUUAGUAAUAAUCUUUGCGCUAGCUUUCAUAUCAUAGAGGAAUUUUGUAAAAUAUCUAGAGCAUGGAACCGUCCAUUGCCCCGGCCAGAGUCGUUAAAGUCCUAGGUCGCGUUGGGGCACGUGGCCUUCUGACUGCGGUGCGUGUGGAGUUGUUAAAGUUUCCGCGUAUUCAAAUGCUCAGAUCUGUUAAAGGUCCCGUUCGGCUGGGUGACAUAAUCCACAUUGAAGAAGCUUUAGAGGAUGUUUGGCGACCAAUGUAAUUUUCCAAUUUUUUUAUAUUUACAUAGUUUUUGGUGAAUAGACGACAAAAUUUAAAAAGUCAACAAUAUUCAAAAUUAUUUAAAAGUGGCGCUUUCGCAUUUGAAAAAGCUUGGCAGCAUCGUCAAUCAGAGCUGCAUUUUUGCUAGGCACUCACAGCUCAACUCGUUGUACCGUUACCGCUACCGUUGCAUGCCGAAGAAGCUGCUGUUGUCUAAAGCUCUUUCGAAAUUCGAACAACGCUCAGCUGAGCGCGCUCAACGCAAAAGCGCUUCCCUCAAUCCAGUCCUCCCGCCCCCGCGCGAAGCAAUCUACUGUCAGCAGCGACGUCGGGUACGUUGUGUUUUAUUCUCUGUUUCGUUUUCGGCUUUGGUUUCGGUUUCUUCUCAGUUGUUGGUGCGCGCUCGCGUAUCGCGGUUGUUGCGUUGUGGAGGGCGACCGACGCCAGC